AUGAACUCACACCGCUCGCGAGUGAAAAAUUUUGGCGCCUUUUCUCUUCCCUUUCUCCCUCCGUCGCGAGAGUCCGGACCGAACCUCGUCGAUUUCCGCGGCGGAGCCGCCGAAACCCUCCGCCGCCGGCGAGCUUCUCCUCCGCCCUCCGCCCUCCGCCAUGGUGUUCCUGCACCAGCAAGGGCCUUCUCGGAAGAGACACCCUUCUUUCAACCCCCGUUUCCCCAGCCCAAGCCCCCCAAAACCGCCGCCGCCGGUGACGAGCCGCCGCCGGCGACUCCUCCGCCUCCGCCGUCUGCGGCGGCGAGCGAAGUGGCGGGCGCGUCGCCGGAGGAGAAAAUGGUGUCCGUGCUGGCCGAUGCGGGCUGCACGCUCCUGAACCGCGACGGCCCGCCCUGCCUCCCGUCCGACGUCCACAGGUUCCGCGCUCACCUCCAGCGCCUCCUCUCUUCUCCUUCCAACAACGCUCUGCGCUCCGAUUUCGUCGCCGGAUUCUCCGAUCACGUUCAGUCUCCUAAGAAUCUCCUCAGGGUUCUCACAAGUUCAGAUCAUGGCGGUCUUUUGGCCACUAGAAGCAACAGCCUUGCUCGGAACCUCCUACUGGUCCCCUCAAUUCAAGUUGAUCUUCAGAACAUACUCCUUGAGAAGCUUCCUGAAUUCUUCGACGUGAUCCCCCAACCCUCUGGGGCAUCUUUGUCGCUCAAGGAUGAUGUUGCUCGGCUUAUCAUCAACCACUUUAGAUGGCUUGAUUUUAUUGUUGAUUCUAAUUCGUUCGUUGAUAAGUUGAUGCAAGUCCUGUCCAUUUGCCCCUUACAUUUGAAGAAAGAGAUUAUUGGAUCAUUGCCUGAGAUGAUUGGUGAGCAGAACUAUGAUACUGUGGUCAAUUCCCUGGAACAAAUGCUUCAAGAGGACACAGCAAUUAUAGUGCCUGUCCUUGACUCUCUUUCCAAUCUUCAUUUGGAUGAUCAGUUGAAAGCUCAGGUUGUCACGAUCGCAUUAUCGUGCCUUAGAACAAUUGAUGGAGAGCACAUGCCCUUUUUACUUAGGUUUUUAUUGCUUUCAGCAACGCCUGCAAAUGUUCGAAGAAUCAUCUCACACAUUCGUGAGCAGUUGAAAUUUAUUGGAGUAUCCAAUCAUCAUAGUGGCCAAAACAGGAAACUAAAGGGAAAGUCUGUUGCAGAUGGCAUUGAGGCCUCCAUCCUCAAUACAUUGAGAUUGGGCCUAAGAUUUAAGAAUAUUCUCUGCCAAGAAAUUUUAAAAGAAUUCAACAGCCUUAAGAGACCGCAGGAUCACAAAGUCAUUGACAUAUGGCUCAUUAUGGUCAUGUACAUGAAUGGCGAGUCUGUCCAGAGAAGCAUAAAAAAGAUCUUCAUGAGAAAGAUUGUUGAUGAUUGCAUUCCAUUAGUGAUGAUAGAACAAUGUCUCCAUGGCCAUGCAAGCCUAGUACAGGACUACUUUCCAUCAUUUCUCUCUCUGUGCGAGUACAUUUUGUCUUGCAAAGAACAAAAAGCAAGGACCUUUGGCAUUCACAUGUACACUUGUCUGUUUCAAGAAGUUGCGGAUCCAUAUUCAAGGCAGGAAAUUCUUGGAGCAUUAGUUACUCAUGUGGGAAGUGGUGUAAAUCCUGAAGUUGGUUCUGCUUUGGAGACCAUGAAUUUACUGGUUGCAAAGCAUCCUCUGGAGUUAAUCCGACUUUCUUCUUAUAUAAACGGUAUCUUGGACUAUUUGGAAGGAUUUAGUAUUGAAAACCUGUAUAAGGUGUAUGAGGUUUUCAGCAAUCUUGCACUAUCAAUCAGAUCAAGUGGAGAUUCAUUGGGAUCAUCGUUUGCAAAUGAGCUUCUGAUAGUCGUUCGAAAGCAGGUCAAUCAUCCAGAUAUGAAUUACAAGAAGAUGGGAUUGAUUGGAAGUUUGAAGAUAGUUUCAUGCAUUGGCGAUGCAAAUAACAUUCUCUCUCCAGAUCCAUCUCAGAAGUCCAAUGUUGCGGAGGCCUUGGAGCUCUUGGAAACAUGUUUAAAGUCCUGCAAACAAUUGGCCUUGCCACUGACCCUCUUUUAUGAUGAAAUGACUGCCCUGUUGAAUCAAAGAAAUCUGCACCCAGCAAUUAUGGAAUGGAUUGGUAAAAAUGCUGGAGAAUUAGAAUCUACAUAUCUUUUGGAUCUUGAAGAUGGCAAGUUGCCUCUGAAUGAUUCCUAUGGCGGAUUAGAAGGGGAACUAUGGAUGAACUUGGAUGGUGAUAUAUCUCCGAUAUGCGUGAACAUUUUGCCUUUGACUUCCUCAUCAUUGCAGUCUCCUCUACUGCAGAUUCUCCCUGCCAACAUUCUCUUACUUUCUACAGUUGAAAGAUCAACAAAUCAAGGAUCUCUUGGAGGGAUUGAUGCACUCCUUGGAUGUCCCUUGCACCUUCCUUCCUCUAAGUAUUUCUCCAAAGCUGUGUGGCAGUCUCUCACAGGAAAGCAGAAGCAGAUAGUGUGCCUCUCACUCUAUUAUGCGGCUAACUGGAUUAGAGAACUGCUCAAUGCUUUCUCCUCACAAGUCGGUGGAAAAUUUGAAUGUACUUCUCAAGCUACAAAAGAGGAUAUAAUCAACAAAUUGCUGAAGCGAUUGAGGAACCUAGUAUUUUUGGAGAGCCUGUUAAACUAUCACUUAGAGUCUUACCCACUAUGCCUGCCGGAGCUCCAUCUUCACUUAGAGCAGCCCAAGUCUUCAAAUUUAAGCCAACUUUAUCCAGUUGGACAUCUGGAAAAGAAGAAUGAGCUGAAGAGAGCACAUGAUCUCACUAAUCCAAACAAGUGCAAAAAACUGACUGACACUGAACCAAGUUCAUGCACCGAUAGAAAGCUUCAUCAGCCCACUAUAGUGGAUGUGUUAAAGAAGGCAAGAGUAACGACAAGCCAAGAAGUGCAAAAUGAUGAUUCUUCAAGUCCACACAUGAAUGGAGGGAGAACUACAUUGGAAGAUCAGCAUCCUCAUGAUUCUGAUGAGACAUUAACCCUAGAAAUUUCUGCAGCUACUACAGUUCUGGAACUGCAGAGAUCCAAGUUUAGACCACUUCUGCUUCAGUGUUACUCCAUUUUGGCAUUCUCAAAGAAAGAGGAGACCUGUUGCUCAGAUCCCAUGGCUGAGUUACCCCUUUAUCUGUUCCUUCUGAGAGAUCUUCAUAAGAAGCUGGAUUACUUCAAUACUAAAUGCAAUGGCUUGAGUGCUGCAUCUGGAUUUGCUGGUUUUACCUUGGAAGAGUUCUUAAAUAAUAUCAGACCACUCUUUCCUUCUCUGAAGAGGCAUUUAGAUAGAGCAAUGAGUAUCCUUGGAGAAGGUGAUAACAAUUGCAGAGGACACUGGGAAAAUCAGAGCAUUAAUGCUGGGAAUCCAAAUCUUCCUGAUUGUGUGCUCACAGUGACUUCAGCGACAACUUUGGUUAUAAAGGAAGUACUUCAUUGUCUUAGUGAGAUACUAAAUCUUCCAGAUUUUCAAAGGGACACAACAAUCCUUUCAGAUUUGCUACGUGCUUUUCAGCCAAUUGAAAUGAAGGAAAGUAAUAUUUCAAGCAUGCAGCCCCAUCCGUUGCCUGGGAGCAUAGAACACUUAUAUUGUGGUGCUUAUUCAUUUCUGGAGAACAUUUUGGACAUGGCCUGCUCCUUUUCCUUCAUGGCAGCAUCAGAAACUCUUCUUACGCUUGAAGCAGCUCUGACCUCAGCCCAGAAUCUUAACAUUAAGUCGACUGGGGCAAACUGUAAAUUUCUACAGUCAGGAUUCAAUCAGGAAGUACUUCUAAACCUGCGUAGAAGACUUGGAACUUCUGCUGAGAAGAUUCUAAAGCAUAGAUGGGAUGUUGAGAAUGUGGAGAACAGUUGGAAGAGUAAAGGAGACCGAGUACAGAAGGUUUUGCACGUUUACUUGGAGAACAGUGAAUCUACAUCCGAAGUGCUAAAUGAACUCGCCCUCUCUGUGUUGCCGCAGGCCUUGGUGUGCAAAACGGCCGAAGACGAUUUGCUUCAUGGCUUCGCAUCCUUGUGCUCUGCGACAUUUCAUGUGUGGUACCGGGUUUUGCAUGAAGUCAACCUUACUCGAUUCAAUGCUUUGGUUAAAGAAGUUGGUCUUAGGAGUAAACCAGAUGCAGGUAAACUGGGAAAUGAUGCCAAACAUGAUGUCAUAAGAGGACUUCUUAUUAAAUUGCUGGACCCUGUGAAUGUGGUUGUAUCCCUAGUUAGUAUGUGCAGGACAUGUGACAAGGUGACUAUGCAUGCUAUGGCUGUCAAAUAUGGUGGGAAGUUUGUCGAUUCUUUUCUUAAAGUUUUUGAGUUUUUGGAGGUGCAGUUUCAAGAGCACCAAGAACCUGUGAUACAGCUGGUAAAAGAGCUCCAGAAGGCCACAAGGACAUUGCAGACACUGUGCUCUGAAGCAAAGGGUUUGAAACAAAUGUCUGUCACCACCAAAAUUCCUGCUACGAAAAGGUCUCUAGAGCGACUUUUAUUUCGUGUCAAGGCUCUUCUCCACAAUUCAUCAAGUGGAUGCGCAUUUUGGAUGGGUAAUUUGAAACAUAAAGACUUGGCAGGCCAGGUUGUGAGCUCCCAGGCCUACAUCGAUGAUCGAGACUUCAGUGUCGGUGAAGAUGCGAGGGAAGAAAAUGCAGAUGAGCCUCCUGUAGGGGAGCCAGAUGAAGAAACAGAAGAACAAGGGUAAAAAGCAAGCAACGCCUUAAUGUCACGAGCUGCGGAUGGAUCAACCGCGCAAACUGAAGGUUUUUGUUGUUUACCGUGUUCCAUUUAUUUUGGCGGCAUCUGUAUAUAAUUGCAGAAGGGCGGCUGUUGUAUGUUGUCCGCAUCCUGGUGUAAUUGAUUUUCAGCUUGCAUGGGGUUUUGCCCUCUCGCAAGGCUAUUAUUAUUAUUAUUAUUUUUUAAAUUUCUCUGGCAUUUCAUUAAGAUAAGUGUAUCAAUAUAAUGGUAGGGUGACAUAAUUUUCCCUUUUUAGGUAAUUUAUUAACCUUUUCCAUUUAA